GGACCUUUGUGGAAUACAAUGUCACUGUUCAUUAUUACUGUUUGUUGAUGUCAAGUGGCAUUUGGCAGAGAGGGGAAGAAGAUGAAGGUGUGGAUGGAUUUUUGUUCACAGAUAUUAGAAAAGAAGUAAAUAGAGCUGCAAAGCUGAAAUGCAAUAUCUGUAAGAAAAAGGGUGCUUCAAUAGGAUGUGUAGCUCCUAAAUGCAAACGAAGUUACCAUUUUCCUUGUGGGAUACAGAAAGAAUGUCUCUUCCAGUUCAUGGAAGAUUUCAGAUCUUACUGUUGGGAACAUAAACCAGUCCAAAAGAUUCCAGAUAGAGAAUGUAAAGGAAGUUCACAGUGUACAAUAUGCCUGGAUUUGGUUGAACAGGUUCCAGCGUACUCUGUAUUGAGAAGUCCUUGCUGUAAAAACGCUUGGUUUCAUCGAGAAUGCCUGCAGUAUCAAGCUUUGAGUGCUGGGAUAUUUUUCUUUAGGUGCACAGUAUGUAAUAACAUGGACAAAUUUCAGAAAGAAAUGCUGAGAAUGGGCAUACACAUUCCAGAAAAGGAUGCAUCUUGGGAACUUGAAGAGAAUGCAUAUCAAGAGCUGCUGCAGUGUUAUCAACACUGUGACAUUAAAAGGUGUCUCUGCAAGAAAGGAAGAGACUACAAUGAACCUGACAGUAAAUGGGAAAUAAAGCGUUGUCAGUGUUGUGGUUCCCGUGGAACUCAUUUGGCCUGUUCAUCUCUGAAGUCAUGGGAGCAGAACUGGGAGUGCAUGGAAUGUAGAAGUAUCUUUGCAAAAUCAGGUGAAGUUAUGGAUGCGACAAGAAAGCGUUCUUUGGCUACCUCUGAGAAGACAGAUGGGACAACUUGUUUGCUUGAAGAGCCAUCUCCCAAGUGUCCUCGGCAGUUACCUGGAACUCCACAUGGUUUUCUUCUCCAGUGUUUAGUAAAGGAAAGAAGGGAAGCUUCUAAUAUUCUGAGGGUUUUAAAGCUACAAAUUACUACAAAAACUACAAGGCUUAACAUCAACGCAGAAAAUAUCUGGAACAGCGCUUUAAAAGGAUUUAGACAGCGCAGCUUCAGUCCUACGAAUACCAUUGAAAUCAAGUUCACAAACUGCAAAAACAGAUUGAAGACAGAUACUCCUGCUGCAUCAAAACACCAUUUCUUCCAACUAUUAAUGCUUCACCUUCAGAAUUCAUCAUUGUUUGAGGGCUCUUCUGCAAAGAACUUGUCCCUUGAUUUUCAAGCUGUAAGAGAAAAUCUUUAUUUUGAAGCUGGUAAAAUGAUUGCCGUUUCCCUCGUUCAUGGUGGCCCAUCUCCUGGUUUCUUUUCCAAAACACUUUUCAAUUGUCUUGUCUAUGGUCCAGAGAAUGUGAAGCCAACUUUGGAAGAUGUUGCUGAUGUUGAUGUAGCAGAAACGAUAAAAAUGAUAAAAUAUGCAAAUAGUCUGUCCAACCUAACAUCUACUGUACAUGACUGUUAUGAAUUCCUUGCGGCUGCUGGAUGUUUAAGACCUAUAACAGCACUGUGUGAUAAGGAUAUGCUGGUUGAUGACAUACUGAACUAUCAUGUGAUCAAGAGAAUCAUCUCACCCUUAGAAAGUUUCAGGCAAGGUUUGAAAACUCUUGGUGUGCUAGAGAAAAUGCAAGCACAUCCAGAUGAGUUCUCUAGUAUAUUGUGCCACAAACCUGAAAGACUCUCAGCAGAAACUCUUUGUGAUCUCUUUACGAUCCAUUCCUCAUCGGAUGUAAAUAAAAUUGGAGGUACUGAUUUUUGGAUGGGUUACUUACAAGAUGUGCAAAGUGGUGAGUCUGUAGUGACACUGGAGGAUAUUCUGCUCUUCGCAACAGGCUCUCUUUCUAUACCACCCAUUGGUUUCGAUCCUGAACCUACUGUUAAAUUUUUGCGUAUAAGGUAUCCUGUUGGAAACAGACUGCUUAAUUGCUUGAAGCUCCCUGUAACAAAGACAUAUGAGGCAUUCAAAAAGAAAAUGGAGUUCACCAUCAGAAACACACUGAGAGUUGGAAGAGAAUAAACACUCUUGCUACUAAACUGGAUAUUGGAAAUAUCAAUUU